AGGGGACUGAAGGAUAAUGGAUUCGUAAAUAGUGAUGUUCCAGUGGGGAUCAUGUCGCUGCUGGCUGCUAUUUCUGCUUUGGGAUCUGAAGAGAAUGCUUUUACACCCUAUACUAUUGAUGUUAAAGCUGGGCAGUUCAUUUUGUGAGAAGGGACAUGUAUGUGUCCUUACAACAAACGGGGUUGUAUCUCAGAUUCUCAAUAUGCACUUGUUCGGGUGACAAGCUUAGGUGGAAUGACAACUCACGAGGGCCGCUUUGAGAUACUGUCAAUCUCUGGCCUAUUGACAAAGAGCAUUGGUCCAGGCAGCAAAAUUGCUGGGGUAACUAUCAUGCUAGCAGGACCCAAUGGCAAGGUCUUUGGAGGUCGUCUAAGCAGUCUUCUCAUUGAUGCCUCCUCUGUUCAGUUUCGUCUCUGAUUAUCAUCAGGAGCCAUUGAUAGGAGCAAAAAUUUUGAAGCUAAUAAGUGUGGUCAACCAUUCAAGGAACCAGCUAGAUUUUCCCUUGAGUGCCUCAGGAGUAAAGGAGAAAGUAGGAAGAAAGAAACAAGAGCUCAUUCUUGCAAUACAUCAACAUAGACAACAUGGUGGGUAACAAGAGAAGAAAGGUGAUUUUCACCUACAACUACCAAGCGAGUUCACCCCCUCAUCGUCUCGAAAUGAGCAUGAGUGUCUUGCCAGAUGGCACUUGUGUUUACUGUCAUGUUGUCCCACCAGUCCCUGCUGCUGUAACUGGAGGCAGCGGUGGGGUGCAUCCAGUGAGUUUGUCAGAGUUCAAAAAACUGGGGAGGCCGAGGAAGUGUGAACUCUUCAAGUAUGCGCCAGUUGGAGUGACAGCUUGCACUACAUCACCAUUGCCAGAUGGGUCUGUGGAUGGUGCUGGUACUGUGGGGAUUGUGUCGCCGGUUGUUGCAAUUGCUGCUUUGGGAUCUAAACAGGAUACUUUUAUGCCCUAUAUUAUUGACAUAAAAGCCGGGCAGGACAUAUCGUCCAUUUUAGGUUUGUUUCGUGAGAAAGGACAUCUAUGUGUCCUUCCAGCGAACGGUGUGGUAUCCCAGGCGGUGCUUCACCAGGCAGAAAGCUCAGUAGCAGUAUCUUAUGAGGGCCGCUUCGAGAUACUGCUGCUCUCUGGGUUAUUGCCAAGGAGCAAGGGCGCAUGCAGAGAGAUUGCGCUCAGUGUGAUGCUAGCUGGAAUAAAUGGCAAGGUCUUUGGAGGUCGGCUGGCUGGCCUUCUCAUCGCAGCAUCACGCGUUCAGUUGGUCAUUGGCUGUUUCACCUCCGAUUGGCAUGAGGAGCCAUCGAUUGGAGCGAAAAGGGUGAAGAUGACAAGUCCUGUCAACCCUUCACGAAAUCAGCUAGAUGUUUCCAGAAUUCCUUACAAGCAAAAGAGAGAAUAGAGGAGAAAAAGGAGUCUCGUGUAUAAUCUCAUAUAAUAUCAAACGUUUUUUUUAAUAUAUAACUUGUCGUUGGAGGGACAGUGAAUUCUGGAAACAUUUGAUGUGUACAAGUGUAUUUUCAUCAGAACCACAGUAAAUUCCUGUAUAAUUCUCAGCAAAAAGAAGAAAAGAAAAAGUUGGUACAGAUUUUUCAGUGAACUAAA